ACCCCCUCGCCACCCCCCACCAGACGCGGGCGCGGCCUCCGCACAACAAUCACGCACAACGAGGCAAUCCCCGAUUCCAAUUCGGCGUCUCCCGCCCCGCAGAAAAGUAGUUCCAAACUCCCUGCACACUACCACCUCGCACAGACAGUGCCAAGCCCUUUCGCAGGAACGCUAGAAGCAAGUCUAGAUGCAGUGCUGGAAUUCAGCCGCAUGUAUGGUAGUAUCAGCGGCGUUUCACGCGUUGUGAGUACACUUCUGGAAGCCGUGGAUCCGCAGACGAACUGGAGCGAGGUGCUGGAUGGACUCGACUCCUCCUCCACCACCACCACCACCACCACCACAACAACAACAACAAAAUCAUCAUCAUCAUCGCUACAAGGAUUGCUGCUUUCACCCCGGUAUAUCAUAAGCGAGUUAUUCUUUCUGGUCACACGCACGCUGCUCCCCGAGCAAAUCGCCGAGAACCGCGCUGCGCUCGCCCGGCUGUACGACCGCAAGAAGCAGCUUGCAAUACGCCUGCUGCUGCGCUAUGAUAUGCUGCGCGAGCGGAAGGUCGAGGCUGGGGCGUAUCAGCAUCAUUAUCGGGAUAUGCCGCUUGCGGUGGCUUCGUUGCCGCCUCCGUUGUUACGGGAAUGUGAUGGUAUUACUGGGACUUCUGCUACGGCUACGGCGACUAUGGCUACGGCUACGGCUAUGGCACCACCGCCUAUCCCAGCGGCGUAUCCGGACAAAUAUCCGUUUCGGCGGCCGCUGAUGCCGAAUAUCAUUGCGACACUGAUUGCGGCGCCGCGCGGGGGCUUUACGACGCACGGGGUGCGCGAGCGAAUGAAGCAUCAUAUCACGGAGCUGGAUGGGUAUCUUGUUCUGGGGGACGAGCAGGUCGAGGGGUGGAGUAUAGAGAAGCUCAAGAUGAAGACGUGUGUGGCACUGCUGUAUUGGCAGUGGUUGCGGCGGAACAAUGGCGUGCUGGAAGACAUGGAGGUGUGUGGGUGGGAGGAGCUCGAGGGCAGGGCGGACGAGUGCGAGUGGUUUGCGGACGAGGUGAGGAGGGCUGCAGCGGGGAGUGGAGGGAAAAAG